AUGUCGGAGCCUGAGGAGGAGCUGCAAGGAGACCAGAGAGACAAAGAGCAGCAGCAGGUGGAUGAGGAAGAGGAGCACAGUGAGUGUGUUGUGCUGCGUGGGAUCUUCAAACUGGGGAAGAGGAGUCACGACGUCCUGCUUACCCGAACCAGGCUGACAUGGAUCCCCAUCACUCCGGAGACCCCCACAAGUGAGGCGUGCUUGCUUCAGCCAGGUGUGAUGUUGCUGCAGGAUGUCUUUGCGGUGAAGGUGAAGCGGCGGCGAGCUGUGGGCCAGCAGUCGGGGGGACCCGUGCUCGGCGUGGCUCUGUUCUGCUGCAGAAGAAGAGGAAGGAGGCUAGAGGAGCACACGGUGCACCUCCACAAUGCCUCCGUAGAACACAUACACACCUGGUACAACACCCUGAAGGAGCUGCUCACAGGGUCCAGCAGUCGUCCCAGGUACCUUAAGGUGUUCAUCAACCCCAGCAGCCACAAGAAGGAGGCCGUACACAUCUACAGAGAACAUGUGGCUCCACUUUUCAAGAUGGCUGACGUCCGCACUGACAUUACUGUGACAGAGAGGAAGGGUCAUGCUCUCUCAGUGAUGAAGGAAUGCAAGCUGGAUGAAUAUGAUGGGGUUGUGUGUGUUGGUGGGGAUGGUUCGGUGGCGGAGCUGUGUCACGCUCUGGUCCUCAGAGCUCAACUGGAUGCUGAUUCUCCAGAGAAACCAGUGACACCAGUGCUGCCUCUUGGAAUCAUUCCUGCUGGUUCUACAGACGUGGUUUCCUGUUCUGUUCACGGAGUCAGAGAUCCAGUCACUGCAGCCCUGCAUAUUGUCCUAGGUCACCUGCAGCAGGUGGACAUGUGCAGCUUCUCGUCUCUCGGACAGUUGGUGUGUUUCGGUUUCUCCGCCAUGUUCGGCUUCGGUGGCCAAAGCUUAGCUCGGGCAGAGAAGAAGAGGUGGAUGCCGUCGUCACGGCGACGAGAGUAUGCUCUGGUGAAGACACUGGCUAGGCUGAGACCAGAAGACUGUCAGCUGUCUUUUCUACCAGUGAAGAAGUCAAACAGAGACCAGGACCAGGACCCAGAGUCAGGAGGGGAGGAGUCCUGGACGACCAAUCAGGGCCUGUAUUUGAGCAUCAGCAUCAUGUCCAUCCCCUGUCUGAGUCCACACACACCUCAAGGACUGGCUCCCAACACUAAUUUGGCAAAUGGCAGCGCUGCAUUGAUUGCAGUAGGAAAUACUUCCAGGUCAGAGUUCAUCAAACAUCUGAAGAGAUACAGCGGCAGUAGUGGACAGUUCAGCUUCUCAUUCGUGGAGACGCACACUGUGUCAGCUGUGAAGAUCCGUCCCCGCUCACUGAUUGGCUGGUCGGAGGAAGAGAGUGAGGAAGAGGGCGAGUCCAAAACCUCGCCCAUCAUCCAAUCGGAGGGAGCCACCUUUCCCUGGAACAUCGACGGAGAGCUGGUGGAAAUAGCUAACGAAGUGCUCGUCAGGGUCCACCCACGGCUCAUCACUCUGUACGGGGAGGAGGUGGACGAGGCCGAGUCGACCGUCUCCUGCAGCUGCAUCUGAGUCCAGCAGAGGGUGCCCAACGGCGCCCUGUCUAGGUCAUUACUGUUUCCAUCGCGAUGUGAACUAACGUAGACGUUUCAUUCAAAGUAGCAAAACACCUAAAGUAGUGACAGAGCUUUGCAGCUUCCUGUUUACAACAUGAACAUUAAAGCUGCAUUGAUUGAUUACUGCAGCUUUAAUUAGCUAUAAGGUAACUUGUGUAAGCUACCUUUAACUCCAAACUACCGUGCUUUAUAAAUGUUGAUCACUUCUAGACCUGAUUGUUGAGGAUACAUUGAGGUUACUUUUUUUUUUAAUUCAAAUUAAUGUUUACAUUUUACUAUAUCUUAACUACCAGCUCUUCUCACAUGACUUGAUUUUAUUCUAAUUUGUGUUACCUAUUUUUUUUUAUUGCAAUUUUUAUUUUUUUUUAUCUGGUCCAGUUUCUGGUUCUGCUGCAGAGGGCAAAGAUUCAUCUGUAAUUUAAACCUAUAGUUUGAAUUACAUGUGAGCUAAAAAUAGUUAAUUGAAUCCAACACUGUGAGGAAAAGAGUUUAUUUUCCGUGUAUUGAUUCUCGUUUGAAUAGUGUUAAGUUGGUGAUAGUCAAGCAGCUUUCUGUACAGAUGAGCAGAUCCAGACUGAAUAAGCCAAAGUGUCCAUCGUUUUAUAUACUACAUAUGACAGAGCUGUUUUUAUUUGGAAGCUUUUUAAAGUUCUUUUUUUAUUGAGAUAAUGCAGAUCUUUAGAGUAACCGCUGUAAUCAUGAGAAAAAACAAGGUGUUGUUUAAAUAGAAAAUCCUUCAUUUUAAUAGAAAAGUGUUGAUAAAAGCAGUGAGACUCUCCAGUGCAGAACAACUUUACAUAAACAAAAACAAAA